UCGUUGUUGACAUCCCGAGCACUGAGUGAGCGGCCACAGUUUGGGCUAGACGUGCUCCUGAGAUGUUGCACGUGAUGUGAUGUGAGGGGGCUACAGUGUCAGCAUCUCGCCCAUGUAUCUAAGGCCGAGAUACAUUACUACAUCAUCAUGUGUACUUUACUUACUUCAUCGGUGAUCAGGGACUUUCUGCUACCGCGAAAAUGGACGAAGGGGUCUUGAGGAUAAUAUUUUCGGGAUUUAUAGACAACGCUUUAUGAAGAAGAAGAUGGGCUCACCACAAGGCUACGCCUGAAUCAGGAAAUGGCGACGAAGGCGGCAGCAGCAGGAGAAUCAAACCUCAGACCUCGGAUGUCGAGAAGACUUAAAGUCCUCUACGUGUUGAUAGCAUUCCAGUGCGGCUUCCUUUACCUGUGCUUUGCCAGUCUUCAGAGCGCAGUGUUUGUGCGCUACGGAGGCGCCCAGCACAACCCAAACACCAGUCUCAACUUUGUGCACAAUUCUUCCACCAGCGUUCGCCGGAUUGUAAAGAGAGGUCAUGGUGCUCGAAGUGGACGUAUCCAUCAUUCUAAUUUUUCUUCAGCUACCUCUCAGAAAUUCAACACGAGCCGCCAUUUUUCGCGUCGUAUGAAUGUCCGGGAGUACAACUUGUUGAAGGCAGCGUUAGAAGUAUUCGACCGCGUUUGCACAAAUGCGAGCAUAGAAUACUUCUUAUACGGAGGCUCGUUGCUGGGGUCAUUUCGUCACCACGACGUCGUUCCCUGGGACGAUGACGCGGACGUGAUCGUCCCGCUCAGAAACAGACGUCUCCUGAAACAGGAGUUAGAAAAAGAAAACCCUCUUUACGUCAUCAAUCUCUUUCAAAGAACUACCUGGAAGUUUUUCUCCCGUCGCGCCAAGCAGAUUCCAGGCUGGAGCUGGAAGUGGCCAUUUCUGGACAUCUUCUUUUACGACGAGAACGCCACACACAUCUGGGACGUGCACGCGAAGUACGCCCGAGAUUUCGUGUACCCAAAGCCGUUAGUGUUUCCUCUAACUCGAAGACCGUUUAUGACGCUCUCGAUCCCUGGCCCUCAUGACGUAGCAGGGGUGCUGCGGAGGAACUAUGACGUCAGCACGUGCGUGACGCACGCGUGGAUACAUGAGCGGGAGACGGACGCGAGUGAUAUUGCAGCCGUGCCUUGCAGUGAGCUGAGACAUCUAUACCCUUUUGUGGACCCUGUGUCCUUACCUUCAGGGGGGUGUAAUGAAACGUUGACUUACAAGGGAGAAGUGUUGGGAUUUUUCAUUGAUAAAAAUGCUCAGUAUUGCCAUUGAUGUAAUUGUGCUUUUUUAGUUUCUAAUUUCUGCGCGCAUGUGUGACUGGUACGGCUUAAUCUUUCCAUCGUGAGGAUACACCGCCUUGAAGGUUUGCUGCCUGUAAAAUCUGUGCAAUGUUCUCUCACGCAUCUUUCUUUUUCCAAUGCCGUCAUUCAAGUAACAGUUGGCAUGAUGUCUCAGCUAUGAUAAUUAUUAUGCUGUGGAAUAAUCUGUUUUUGCUUAAUAAUAUGUUCAUGUGAGUUUUAUCUAUGUGUGUGUGCAUGUGUGCGUGUGUGCGUGUGUGUGUGUGUGUGUGUGUGUGUGUGUGUGUGUGUGU